GCCGACGAGGCAUUGUGCGGGGAGGGAGGGCGGCGCGUCAGGGGCCACUGGGUUGUGGGCUGGCGAGGCCUUGUGCGGGGAGGGAGGGAGGUCGCCGUGUGUUGGAGCUUCGUCGUCGGGUGUUGGAGCUUUGGUGCACCCAUCGGCGAGUGGGCACGAUGCCGCGAAGUCAGGCUAGAGUGUUUGAGGAUGGGGGGGAGGACGAGAAUCUAAAGGCGCAAAAGAGAUGCUGCAUGUACAAGUACCUCCGCGUGGGGCAGAGUCUCGGCGAGAGAUUCCGCGGCAAUCGCAUGUUGAAGUGCAUUUUCUGCGGCCACGAGUUCCAGGGCAACCAGUUCGUGGCAGCGCACCAUUUCCGCCAGGGCAAGGGAUGUCCGGAAGUGACCGACGAGGCACUUGUCGACAUCCACUACAAUAGUGAGUACAAGAUGUCCGACAAGUUCCUACAGCGGAUCCAGCAGUUUGAGGAGCUUCACGGUCCGGCGCCUGCGAUGGAUCCGCGACGGGACGAGGGGGGGGAGGGAGAGAUGAGGGACGCGGAGGGGCAGAUCGACGUGCACGACGACGUCGAGGAGGUUGCGCGGCCAGGGUCGUCAGGGAGGGAGCGAGGGAAGGGCGUUGUCAGCGAGCCGAGGGGGCAGCAGGGCCAGUUCUUUGCAUCGCACACGUGUCGGUUCGUACACGGGCAGGUGCAGAUACGGCUGAGGUGGAUGGAGUUCAAGAAGAAGUGGUUGCGGUUUGUGCACAGUCAGCGCCUGGCGUUCAACGUCUUCCGGAGCGAGCCGCGGUUGGACGUCGUCCGACACUUCGGGGAUUUGCCGGGGUCAGUGAAGGUGUUGUGGCCUUCAGAGAAUGAGAUCGCGGACAUAGAGACCAUUGUCCACACGGCGGACGAUGUGGGAGCUGAUCUCGCGGAGGUCAAGGCUCCUUUCUAUGUCACGGGGGCCACCAUCAUGUCAGACGGAAGGAAGUCACGCGAUGCUAGACCCAUCGUUAACUUCCUUGCCGGCGGGUCACGUGGGGUGAUGCUCGUCCGGACGAUGAACAGGGAGGGUAAGCGGGAUCGGGCGCCUGAUGUGUUGGCGCGUUGGAUCAAGGUGUUUGAUGACUUUCCCCCAAAGUGGGUGAACGCCAUCUGCACCGACUCCGCCUCGGCGCACGUCGCCACGGCGAACAUGCUCCAGGGGCCCGAGCAGAGGCCAGAGCAUCGUCGGAUCACGUGGCUCCCAUGCGCAGUGCACGUCUGCAACAAGAUGUUGUCAGACAUUGGCUAUUCGGGCGCGUGGUCCAAGGGCAUCGUCGUGAGGGGGAGAGCAGUGGUGCGCUUCAUUAAGGAGCACGGCGCCACUCUCCAUAUUUUUCGGGGGGAGAGCAGGCAGAUGGGCCUCAUUUAUCCUUGCGAGACACGUUUCGCAUCCAUGUUCGCGAUGGUGGAGCGUUUGCUGGCAGUGAGGUCAGCAUUGGAGAGGACGGUGGAUGGCGAUACUUGGGGUAUGGUCCCUUGGGACCAUUCCGUUCGUCACUUGGCUAGGUUGGACCGUGGAGGGCUGCACAUGUCACGGGUUGUUGAGUGGACACAGGAUCUGGCCCGCCUAGUAGCAGAGGAGGUUUGUGCACUUCCGGUCGAUCUUGCACACCACAUUGUGCAGAGGGUGCAGGCCCGAUGCGCUCACAUGUUGGAGCCGGCGCACGCCGCUGCUCACCUUCUCUGUCCCAGUCGCCGGGACUUCCGGUACUUCGAGGGCGUGGUCAGCAACUACGACGCGAGCUUGGUGAGGGAGGCGGAGACUUACAUCUUGUCGCAAACAGGGUUCAGUGUGGCGAGCCGCGACUACGAGACCGCAUGUGCACAGUUGCGCGACUUCCACACACGGAGGGGGACGAUUGCUUGGGGGGGGAGGGACGGAGACAGAGAUGCACAGAGGUGCACGGGCGAUGCGGAGACGUACGAGUUCGGGUGUUGGUGGUCGAGGUACGGGCAGUGCGCCCCCCAGUUGCAGGUUAUCGCUCUUCGUGCGAUGUACAUGUGGACGUGCUCCUCUCCUGCGGAGAGGAAUUGGGUCGUCCACGAGGGUGUACAGACGAAGAAGCAUAACCGGCUUUAGUAUCGGGAUUCGCCCCUCGUGGAAGGGGACGGACGAGAGCAGGACGCGGGAGGAGCUCGAGGAGCAGAGACGUUCAUGCAGCGAGACCCAUGUGGGUCCAGAGCUCCUCCGGGUGAUGUGGGCGAUGUUCUUGGGACUCGAGCCGCCACAUUGCACCCGUACCCUCGAGACGACAGUGAUUCCGAGGGUGACGAGCACGAGGAUGAGCCGGCGGGCCCCGCUACCGCCACUCCUGCGGCGGAUGAGCGUGAUGAGUGGAGCGACCCAAUGGACGUCCGUAGACGAAGUGGCGGAGAUGACCUGUUCGUUCCAGUUGAUUUGGAGGAGGAGUCUGGGGGUCGUCAUGGGAGCCCUGUAGAGCGUCCGAGGCCUACGUCCACUGGCCCGCUUCCCGCGGAGCGGGAGAGAGAUCCUGAGUCUGCACCUUCGAGGGGGGCAGAGUCGGGGAUUGGCCAUCGUCCUCUGGGUCGCUCUGGCACGGCAUCAUCCACCGCUCUUCCCACUUUGACGGAGGAGCUUCAUCGACAGCCAGCCGGUGCAGAUCGAUUGACGAGAUUGGUGAGGGGCCCGAGACAGCGAUUGGCGGACAGAUUAGAGGGCGGUCCUUCACCGGUGCAGAGGGACGACGGAGAUAGACAGGGGUUGGUUGGUGGAGAUGGUGGUGCGUUGGCCGGAGGUGGAGGCGGUGCCGAGGUUGCUGCGGCGUUUGAGGGGAUACCGAUGGGCGGCAGAGGCGGUUUCAGACUUACUGGACAGAUCAGCUUCGCGAACCUGAGUAGUUUCUCCCCUGCCAUGCGCGCAGAGGUGAUGUUGGGUGCAGAGGGGGAUGAGGACCGGACACCCCCUGGAGAGACAUCUGAGGAGAGGCUGGAUAGGCUUGAUAGUCGUCGAGCUGCCCUCAUGGCACAGAGGGACCCCAGGACGCAGGAGCUCGCCCGUCUUGCGGUCGAGGACCGACGGAGGCAGCUGGGGACAUUUACACCAGCGUCCGUUGACGUGGGGCCAGCUGCCCACACGGAUCCUCCGGCAGAGGUUCACGACACCACGCAGCGGGAGGCGGCUUCGGCAAAGGUAUCGAGUACGGGAGUAGAUGUUCAGCAGGGGACGCACGAGAGCGGGUUGGCACCGACAGAGGAGCCACGUUCGGAGCCGGCGCAGCCUCCUGCCGUCCAGCUGAGGCCCGAGGAGACAUUGCGGCGGACUACUUGCGGCCGCCUGACAGCGGGCGUGCCUCUGCCCGCCGGUUCAGUUGAGGGUGCCGUGCAGAUGUCCCCGGGUCUGGAGGACAUACAGACGGGGCAGUCAGCGGGCGUUGAUGGUAUUCGGCCAUCGGCACAGGCGGAGGGGAUAGCGCAGACCACUGGAGGGGACAGGGCCAUAGUGGGGGCCGUUGGUGUUGGCGGGUCGGGGGUGCCGUCCGUGGCCGAUCCGAUGUCCACGUCUGGCGGGGGGAACCCCGCACAGGUAGACAGGCUUGACGCGGACGGACAGGAGAUGCCACAGACUUUGGUGGUUCGCACUGCUGUGGGGCCAGUGGUGCCGCAUCAGGCACCGUUUUUGGAGGGUUAUAGGCGUCGUGCACAUGGCGGGGGCCCGGUCGAGGAGCGACGUGUAGGCAGGGGCCCGUGCAUACCCCCGGUCCCUGCUUCUGCGUCGUCACGGACGAGGCCGGAGAUUAGGCAUGUGGCUACGCCUCGGGGCAGCCUCCCUUUUGGUUUUAUGACCGCUGAGGAGUUGGAGGACCACGGCAGGAGGGAUUUGACGGAGAUCGACCAGCGCAUUUUGAGGUCAGUCCCGAAGGAGGGGAAGUUGCCUCACGUGCAGGACUUAUCUUGGGGGCCAGCCAGCCCCAGCUUACCUUCUGGGUGUUCCAUCGCAGCGCCAUCUGGCGGGGCUGCUGGGGGCUUACCUUCUGGAGGUUCCGUCGCAGCGGCAUCUGGCGGGGCCGCAGGGGACUUACCUUCUGGAGGUUCGUUUGCAGCGUCAUCUGGAGGCGCCGCAGGCCCUUCGUCACCCUUGACUGCAGCUCCGAGGGAGGGCGGCAGUCUCACCCCGAGGUCGGUUGACCGUAGACGGAGAGACACUACCCAACGUGCGCGGGAGUUGUUGGACACCAUGUUGUUCGGUCGCACAGAUCGACCAUGGAGCGAGACGAGACGGGUGACGACGGCGAGUGCAGGUCGUCAGCCAGGUUUGAGAGGGGCUUCCACGACCGUGAGACAUAGAGAUGUUGUAGCUUCAGGGUUUGGUGGUAGAGGCGGUGGCAGCGGUGGCAAGGGCGACGACAUACGUGAGGGUGCAGGCGUUGCCGCAGCGAGCGCAAUGGAUCCGCCCUUGACGUACGGUUUGAGAGAGGCGUCGAUUAUUUUGCAUGAGCCAGACAUGUUACACGACCGAGGCAGGAGAGACACGUGCCAUUAGAUCGACGCCAGGAGGGGGAGACUUCAGGGACAGACGGUCUACCUAUGGCACGCGAGUCACGCCGACGUGAUGACCUAGC